UUCACUGUGCCCGAAAAACCACCUCUUGCAAGUGUAAAAACUUUACACCAAAAAACAAGUUUUGGUAAAAUUGACGUUUUUUUUCCCAUUAGAGAAAUUUUUUAUGAGCGACCUAUAUUGGCACAAUUUGAGGGUCAAUGGAAAAGUGACUACUGUCUUUUUCUGACUUCCAAAGAGGAGAAUUUAACGCUUAAUACAUUAAAAACCAACACAUUUGGAGAUACGUGGUUUUCAAUGUUGAAAGAUAAGUACAUUUCUUUGUUUUUUUCAGUGCAUUUAAAGUUUUUCCUGGGUGUGGGGCUCAUAUACCGGUUCACAGAGUGGUAGUUGAACUAAUGAGAGGAAGAGAAGAGAAAAGUCUUUACCUUUCAGAGAAGUGUUAACCAGAAGUUCCUGGUUUUAAAGUGAAGACGAAAAAGAGUGUUGAACUCAUAUCAAACCAUGAAAAUCUGUCACAUUUGGAUCUUCUUUUUUCUCACACUUCAAGAUGGAAACACUGGUCUUGUCAGUGCAGAAAUCCCAUCUAUUUAUAUAACUGAAGGAGAAACAAUCAGAGUUGAAUGCCCAUUUGAUUCAUCAUUUUUUGACACAGGAAAGAAGAUGUUCUGUAGGAAUAAAUGUAAAAAUGGAGACGUACUUUUUGAGACAUCAAAUAUGAGCGGUCAAAAAGGAAGAUACAGCAUAGAGCUCAUGGAACGAUCAUCUGAUACAGUCAUGUCUGUGACCAUCACACACCUGAAGGAGUCUGACUCUGGACUGUACCGGUGCGUUUCGGAAAGGUAUGGACAAGAUGAGUACACAGAAUUCUGGAUUAUAGUAACAAAAGCUUCGUCGACGCUCAAACCGACCACUUUACCAGUGACUUCAGCUUCAGCUACGACUGAACUGAGUUUCAGCUCCAGUUCAACCUCUGACUCUGAACAUCAGCUGAAGAUGACAGUAGAUCCAGGUCCAGCCACAGGACUGUACAUGAGUCUGACUGUUGUCGUCAUAGUCAUCCUGGCACCUCUGUUGGUCUUCUGCAAGAAGAGGACCAACAAACCAGCAGAACUCCAUGUGGAUACAGAGUAUGAUCUGAUUACAGACGAGAGUUUGAGGAAAUUCAUGUGUCACCAACUUCACUCAACUCAGACUGGAGACUCCUCAGGUAUUUACACCUACUGUGAGCUGGAUUUUUCUGACCAGAUCUCCUCCUGGCUCAGCAGCGCCCCCCAGAGUCAGACUACUGAAGUGGUUUAUUGUGUUACUUUACCUCAGCAGCAGCGUCACUGAGGCCGAGGUCAAACCUGGGUGUCACAGAAAAAAACAAAAAAACACAUUCUGCACCAAAGUUAUGCUUCAGCUCAGAUCUGCUUCUGCUAGCUCUGCUUCAGUGUAAAUAUGAAGUUAUAUGUGAAGAGGAUAAGUGAGGUUAACUCAUCCAAAGGACUUGAUUUCUCAUAUAUUACGUUGAUAGGAGGAAACAUGAUAGACUGUUGUGUGGAGAAGGGGUGGGAUUAAA